GCACUAUGGGAUAUCGAAACUGGACAACAAUGUACAGCUUUCACUGGUCAUACUGGAGAUGUUAUGUCUUUGAGUCUUGCUCCGGACAUGCGCACAUUCAUCUCUGGAGCUUGUGAUGCCAGUGCUAAGCUAUGGGACAUAAGAGAUGGCAUGUGCAAACAGACGUUCCCAGGUCACGAGUCUGACAUCAACGCUGUUGCUUUCUUUCCCUCUGGUUAUGCCUUUGCUACCGGAUCUGAUGACGCCACUUGUCGUCUAUUUGAUAUUCGUGCCGAUCAGGAACUAGCCAUGUAUUCCCAUGAUAAUAUCAUAUGCGGUAUCACAAGUGUGGCGUUCUCAAAAUCAGGGCGACUGUUAUUCGCAGGCUAUGACGAUUUUAACUGUAAUGUGUGGGACUCAAUGAGACAAGAAAGAGCAGGUGAGCAUUACUCCACUCUUAUCGUUGUUGCACUUUCUCUAGAUUUCCAGAAAUAG